ACACACACACACACACACACACACACACACACACACACACACACACACACACACACACACACAGCACAAACGGACACUUGGUCUUUAAAGCACCAGACGGAGUGCAUGGGACAUGUUUCUCUCCAGCUCGUGCGGCGGUCAGACGUCUACAGAUCACACAAAGUGGAACAAGAGGAUCUGAAGGAUGAGUCGUCAGUCUCGAGCGUCCAGGGAGCGGCAGCAUGUCCACUGUGACUCCUGCUACAGCCGGCGCUGCAGGGCUCGGGUGGAGGUCUCUGUGUGCUGUGCCCUCAUCCCCUGCCGCCUGCACUGUGGAGCUCUGUUCCACCUGUGCAAAGAGGAGGAUCACCUGCUGCUCUGCCCGAACGUGAGGGUGCCGUGCCUCAACGCCGGGUACGGCUGCCCGGUCCAGCUGCCCCGCUCCUCGCAGGCCGCUCACCUCCAGGUGUGCCCGGCCAGCGUGGUGUGCUGCUCCAUGGAGUGGAACCGCUGGCCGUCCCAAGAUGCUCACUCCUAUCCCAACACAGAGCUGCACGAAAACCUGCUCAGAGAAAGAAAGCAGGGAGGAUGUCUGGACCUGGCCAUGGCCCUGAAAGACCAGGACCGCCUGUUUCACUCCAUGAAGAUGAAGAGACUGUUCCCUGAGCUCAUCCAGGGUGUAGAUGAGGAGGAGAAAAAAGAAGAAAGGAGGGAGGAGGAGAGGAGGAAGGAAAGGCAGAAAAAAGCUUCCUUGGUGAAGGAGGCAGCAGAAAAGGAGGCCGGUGCUCACACCUGGGAGUCUUUUGUCACGUUGAACAUCCAAGACAAAGAUGACGAUGAAGAUGAAGUUGAGGUUGAAAAUGAUCAGCUGUUGACUCAGGAGGAGAGAGAGGCUAUUGCCACGGCCUCAAGCAUUGAUGCUAAUCUGUUAGAAAACUACAGGGCUUGGGAGCAUAUGUUCAGUAUGGAGAGGGGCGGCUGCAGGGAGGCUGGAGAGGCAGCUGUGGGAGGCACAGGCCAGGGACCGGCUAAAGGGAACAGCAAAGGCCUGGGCCUGAUUGAGGAAGAUGCAGCAGAUAUGUGUGUGGGUGCAACAGCAUCCAACACCUGCAAACAGGUGAGCAGGGCAGCCACAUCCUCCUCCUCCUCAUCCAGCGGCAAACUGACGAAGAAGAAGUUUGUGUACGGAUACUUGGAGCCCAUGAAGAUCAUCACUGUGCGCACAUUUAAUGUCCCAACCAGCUUCUCUGCCAAGCAGUGCCGCAUCCGCAACCCUGGUUUCUACAGGAGGGAGAGCCGGGCCGUGGACACCAGCGACCUGGGGGUGACGUUAAAGGACAUGCCUGUGUGGGAGGAAAUUCAGGCCUCUCUGCUGUGCUCCCUGGAGAAGGAGCAGAGGGGUCACCUCAUCGCAGAGAGCGCGUGCUCAGACGGUCUGCUGCAAGACGAGGGCACGCAGACCUACAACUUCCUGUCCGCUCCCUUUCAGAGGAACACGUCGCUGGCCCAUCUGACUGCCGGGAAACCGCUGGAGCUGCACCUUCAGCUGCAGGUGGAGAGCGUCACCAGCCGACACCACAAGGCCAGCUCCGCCUUCACCUUCCUCUGCGGACACACCUUUCAGCGCAGAGAAUACGGCAAACAUUACAAGAAUAUCCACAGUGACAUCCAGAUGUGUGUGAAUGGAUGGUUCGAGCAGAGGUGCCCCCUCGCGUACCUGGGCUGCACCUACAGCCAGAGGAGGUUCCAGCCGUCCACACAUGAAGCCAGCGUCACCUUCAAUGAGAGUCUGGGCUGCUUCAGCCUGCACUCCACCAUCCCACUGGGUGACGCUCCCCAGCCGUCCAGGAGCUCUGCGGACUCCUUACCCUCUCAGAGCAGGAGAGGAGGUCGUGCAGGAGGAGAGGAGGCCUCUCUGAGCUUGCUGCCGUACGAGGUGCUGUGCCACGUGACCAGUUUCCUGGACAGUCUGUCCCUGUCUCAGCUGGCUCUGGUGUCCCAGCUCAUGAGGCAGGUGUGCUCCUCUCUGCUGCAGGACCGAGGGAUGGUCACCCUCCGCUGGGAGAGGACCACGGACUCACAUGGAGGAGCCAGGUGGAGGGUGAAACAGACGGUGUGGCAGUUCAGCAACCUGUUCUCUCCCGUGGACGCCUGGUGCUUCCGAGACGUGCCGUCCAUUUCGGAGCAUCUAAAGCGGUGUCCCUACUACACGACGGAGUCCAGGACAGACAAGGUCCAACUGCCGCGUUUCAGAGAAGACGUCCAAACCAACAUGAGCUGCAAAGGUCCCACUCUGGUCGACUUGGUCCAGCAGAAGAGGAUCAUGAUGUAGAGCCACAUUCGACCGUAUCUGUUCUUAUAUAAGACAGGUAGCCGGCAACACCAAGACAUCAUGACCUGCCUGGUUUGGGUCAUAUCAGAUUCACCCCUUCUUGUUUUAUCUCCCCAUGUCCACUGUCAAUUAGAAAUAAAGGAGAAAAUGGCAAUAAAAUAAUGACUUGAUUGACAGUGAUGUUAUUUAGCACAGGUCUGAAAGCAGCUACACAGGGCCGCCGCCCUCUAAUGGCGACUCUUAGCGCUGUCUGUGUUAGUGAGGAUGUCCGCUCUGAAAAACAGCUCCGUGUUCGUGAAGGAUAUGAGAGUCGGGCCGGUUCUUCCCAUCAUCACUGCUUAGUGAGAUACUUUUGAUUCAUUCAUUUAAUGAUAACUGAAAUUGACUCAAUAGUGGUAGAAGUCCUCCAAAUCCUCAUCAAUCCUUCAUUUAAUAGAAAAAUACUCCAUUGUAGUAACAUGAUGAAUAUUAUGUAGAAAAAUGAACUUAAAAUAUCAAAAAGUGAAAGUAUUCUAACCUUACCUGUAUGUCUCAGUGCAUCAUGUUAUAUUUGUCAAUAUGCACAGCAGCGUGUUGUAAAAGUGCAGAUUUGCUGUGUUCUGAGUUAAAAGUCUCAAUCUGACACAAAGUACUUUCAGUGUGAGCAGUGGUGUAAGAGCACUAAACAUUAUGUAUUCUG